AUGAGGCUCCAGCUCAGGGCAGACAGAAGGAUGGUGAGUCUACAUCUGACUCCACCAGGGAGUAUCAAAUUACAAGGGAUAGGGCAGAAGAAAUGCAAGGCCACCCAGUGUUGUGAAAAUCGCGCUCGGGGCGCGCUCGGGGCGCGGGGCGCUCAAAGCGAGCCUAUAAUCGCCCCGAUGCGGCGGGGUCGUGCGAGAUCCGUGGAGCGACGGUGGGGCGCGCUUGGGUCGCCUGGGUCGCGGUGGAGCGCUUGGGUAGCCUGGGUCGCGGGCCGAUUUGGGUUGAAUAUUGAUGACUCUUCAUCUUCUUCCAUGAAUAAAUCAAAAAACGGUACUUACCAACUUCCCAUACUUUUAUUUAAGGAAAACCUACACCAACCCUUCUAUUCAGCCGCAUUCUCCUCUCCUAUUUAUUCUCCUUUUUCUUCUCCUUUCUUCUUCAUCAGCCACCACUCCGAAUCACUUUAUUCUCCAGCCACCACUCCUUCGACGUCCAGAUUCGCAAGAUUUAUCUACAGAUCAUUUUUAUACCCAGCUAGAAAAUAUGCAAGAGCUGAUCCGGAUACCAGAUAUAAACUUACAUGCAACUUUUGCGACAAAGUGAUUACAUUGGGAGUUCGAAGGCUCAAAGAACAUUUCGUUGGCGGUUUUAGAAACGUCACCAAAUGUACUAAAUGCCCCCCACAUGUGAGAGAGGAGAUGAUCGACUAUAUGAAGAAAAAAGAGGAUGCUAAAAUACAACAAGUUUUUACAGCGCCAGCAUCACAAAGCAGGCAAGAGUUUGAAGAUUUGGGUUACGGGGAAGACGAAGAAGACAACAUUAUUGGCAGUAGCUCGACCAAACAGAAAAGGCCUCGGACUAAAGGCGCCCUUGAUAUGUACUUCAACCCUGAUCCAGCAAAGGCCGUCCAAGCACAGAAGUUGAGCAAGGAAAAGCAACAGACAUUAAAUGAUGCAUACAAAAAAGAUUUGCGUGAAUUGGUUUGCAGCAACUGGGCUAAAUGGUUUUAUGAUGCGGGUAUACCAUUUAAUGCUGCACAGUAUGAUAGUUUCAAGAUUGCUAUCGAAUCUACCGGGCAAUUUGGUCCGGGCAUGAAGCCUCCAAGCUAUCAUGAGUUAAGAGUUCCUUUGCUUAACAAAGAAGUCAAUGCUGCGAAGGAUAUUCUAAAAGACCAUAGAGAAGAGUGGGCUAUUUCUGGGUGCUCGAUCAUAUCUGAUGGGUGGCGAGAUUCGGUUUCUCAGAGAGACAUUAUCAACUUCUUGGUGAACUCUCCUAAAGGUUCAGUUUUUAUCAAGUCUGUUGAUGUGUCUAAUAUAGUGAAGGACGCAAAUGCAUUGCUGCCAAUGUUUGAGGAGAUUGUUGAUUACGUCGGAGAGCAAAAUGUGAUUCAGAUUGUGACAGAUAAUGCCUCAAAUUAUAAGAAAGCUGGGCUAAUGCUGCAAGUUAAGAAGCCCAAUUUGUUUUGGACUCCUUGUGCUGCACACUGCAUCGAUUUGAUGCUUGAGGAUGUUGUAAAACCGGUGUGCUAA